CCGUCGAGGGUGCGAGAGCAGUCACACUCGUGCUCUCUAUUAAGUCGGUCGGCGAGGGUUGCGAGGGAGAGACAGCAGGCCAGCCAUCCCCGACACGUAUACACACACGAUAGAGUGCGGAUGCUGAACAGCCGCAGUGGCAUGCAGCCGCGCAGCAACGCAGACAUGGGCACGACCGACGCCGGCGGAGGCUCGGCCGCCGACCACCUGCACCCCAAGAGCAGCAGGGUCUACAGCAUUGACCAGAUUUUGGGACAUCACGCCGCCUCCAGACCCUGCGUCUCGCCCCCGGGAGGACUCCGUGCAGAGGAUGCGGACUCGAGUCGUUUGGAAAGUGCCUCGACCUCCUCAGGCGACACGGAGCACGGCGUCGACGACGCGCCGAACAACCUGGUCGCCGGUGACAUGGGCCACGGAGGCCCCGACGACGCCGACGACAUGAACAAGCCGAGGAAAAUCCGCCGCAGCCGCACCACCUUCACCACGUACCAACUGCACCAGCUGGAGCGGGCCUUCGAGAAGACGCAGUACCCUGACGUCUUCACCAGGGAAGAGCUCGCUAUGCGACUCGACCUCAGCGAGGCCAGAGUGCAGGUCUGGUUUCAAAACCGAAGGGCCAAGUGGAGGAAACGGGAGAAAGCGCUGGGACGAGAAACCACUGGAUUUCUUCACGCCGAACAAUCUGGAAUUCACGAUUUCAACGUUCACGCACAACUGGCCGGUCUGCCUCCGUUGGGAGGCGGCCCGCACGAGGGCUUCUGGCCCGGCCCCGGCACCUUGGGCGCGGCUCUGGGCUUUGGCCCGAUGCUGGGCCUGCCCCACGGCCUGAGCCUGCCGUGGGCGGCGGCCGCGGCCUCCGGCAAGGGCCCCUCACCGCCGCUGCACGCGCUCCUCUCGCACUACGUGCUGGCCGCCGGCCUGCCAGGCCACGGAGGCCUCGCGGGCUUCAUGCCGCCCGGCAUGCUGGCCAACCCGCCGCACUCGGCUUUACAACCCCCGACCUCGGCGUCGCAGUCGCCACCACUGCCACCAAAGGGACGCAGCCCCGACGUCGACGCCGAGCAGGGCAGCAACGACGGCAAAGAGGACGAGAGCAGGUCAGUUUGGAAAAAUAGCAUUGAUGCUCUGCGAUUGCGAGCCAAGGAGCACCAGGCGCUGUUGGAGCAGCGAUUCCUGGCAGCGGCGGCGAAGUCGGCCGCGCAGGUGCAGGCCAAGUCAUAAAUCAGAGGGCAGCCGAAAUGAGGUUGAUGCAUCUCUUUCGCACACAUGUUUAUCUUUUUUAUUACACGGACAAGUGUUUCAUUUCUCGUCGCGUCGCGCUGAUAAAGUUAUUAAAGUUGUAUCUCUGCGUUAUUAAGUUGUAUAACAAUUGAUUGUGUCACAAGUUGGAGCUGCUGCUUUCCGCCAGGUCCCGCGUGCAUUUUUUAGACUGAUUUUUCCCCCUCGUUUUCGACGACGCAUAUAUGUACAGAACUUUAAACUCGACAAUAAUUGAUUACAAGGAGCAGCCGCAGGUGUCGCGUAGGUUGCCGAUCUUACAGGGGCAUUACUGAAUGUAUGUAUUUACGAUGGAAAAGACGCGCGCAUACACUCUAGAUUAUAUAUAGCUACAAGAUUUUAUAGUGUGAAAGAUAGCAGCUACCCGAUGGUGCAGUUUUAACGACACACUUUUGAUCCGUGCUUCUUUUUUUAGUAAAUGUGAUUCAAGAUGAAAUGUCAAGCAUUUAAUUAAUUAAUUAAUUAUAUCAAGUUAUAACUAUACAUAACUAUAACAUAGUUGUGAAUGUCAAACCGGUCUAAGUGUAAAAAGUGUAUAUUGUAUGAAAUCCUUUAGAGAUAGAGCAUCUAAUCGUAAUAAGUGUAUUAACUUAUUAAUGAAUAAAUUAUCAGAUAAUUAAAUACAAUA